UCGAAUAAAAAAAAGAAGGGUUUCUUUCACGCAAAAUUCCGACUGGAAAUCAAACCAAAUUCCGCAACUUGCUUCAGCAAUCUCUGAAGCCCCUCCUCCGGUCGAUGUUCUCUUGAAGGGAUUCCUGGUUUUUCGAUAGCGAAUGGCGUCCGAUUCUCCGAAUUCAGAUCGCAAGAUCGUUGUCCACUUGAGGGCCACCGGCGAUGCUCCUAUUCUGAAGCAAGCCAAAUUCAAGAUUUCUGGGGCAGAAAAAUUUGCCAAAGUGAUCGACUUUCUUUGCCGACAACUUCACCGGGAGACUUUGUUCGUAUAUGUAAACAGCGCCUUCUCGCCCAACCCAGAUGAACUGGUGAAUGAUCUGUAUGAGAAUUUUGGCUUUGAUGGUAAGCUUGUUGUUAAUUAUGCUUGUUCUAUGGCAUGGGGCUAAAUAUCAGUAACAUCUGCCAAUGUAUUUGUACAUAAAUUCGAGCGUACACUUCAUUACACUAAGAAAGAUGCCAUCUGCCAUUAGACUCGGAAUUCCCAUCGAAAAACUUUAGUCAAAGUACAGAACCUGCAUGUUUCUUACAUAUUUUUAUUUGUUUCUCAUUAUUUGGCUGGUGAACAAAGCUAGGUGGGAUUAUUUCAUCCAAGGAUGCAGACAAGAAUGUGACUUGAGUUGACAAGAGUUUGUACCGGGUCACAUUAUUUUGGUAUUGAUGUUAUUUCAUGUAAGCUGGCCUCUCCUUUUGAUUUCAUGUUGGUUGUCA